AUGGAGCGCCGCCGCCCCGCGCGCCUCGACCUCGCCGACCCCAUGACCAAGACCGUGCGCCGCCGGGACAAGCCGCGCGAGCGAUGGCUGCUCACGCGCAAGACAUGGAAGUAUAUGUCCGAUGCCGGCCGCCGGCUCAUCCCGGACGGGACGCAGAACCGUGCUGAGGACGUUCCUCGUAUCGAAGCGUACUUCCAGGAGGUCUGUCAGAGGGAACCGCGCUUUCUGCUGUGGAGGAAGAGUUCCUACCCUGGCGUGCUAGCGAAGCCACGCCGUAAAAAGAGAGCCCGCGGUGGCUCGGUUCGAGCUCGCUCGCCCUCCGAUGACAUACCAGCUCCACCCGUCAGACCCACCGAACUCUUUAUACCUCACACGUCGGGUGGUCGUUUUGACAUCGCGAAGCUUAGGCGUGACUUUUUCGCGGCACCACCGCCUUCCCCAACAUCCUCAGGAUUUCCGUCGACCAGUGCGACCUUUAAUAAUAGCAGUUUAAAUAAUUCAUCUUCUCGUCCAGUGCAUUCAGAAGAUGAUGAUGUAUUAUUAGUUGAUUUACUUCGUAAGUACCUGAAAAUAGAGGAUGAUAAAGGGCCGCCGCGGCUUUCCGAAUCCGAAGAGCUUUUACAGGCUUUGCGAAAUUAUCUUAAAAGGCAAUCAGAACGCAGGCCUACUGAUUCAGAUGGUGAUCCAGCGCAAAGAAUACUGCAUGAAAACCUUGGUAGAUAUUAUAACCGCACUUCAAAUAGAGACACUACAGUGCGUGAUUUACUAAAUGAUAGGAAUUUACUAAAAAAACUAUAUAAUGAUCUUCGUAAAACUAAACCAUAUCGAGGAGGUAGGAGUGGUGGUAUUUCGCCCGGAUUCGGGCCAGUGGGUUCAGCCGGUGGGUACAGUGCGUCAAAUUCGCGGGGCGCUUUUCGGAGUCGAGGAGUUGUUGGUUCAAAGUUUAAUGAUGAAGACUAUUUACAAACACCGCCGAUGUCACCUCCGCCUCUUAUUGAGGUAUUUGGUGAAUCGUUAGAAGAAAAACUUGUGGAUGCUGGUACGCAGACUCUUCCUAUCCCGGAAGAAGUGAUACAAGAUUUGGAACGGGCUUAUAAAGAAAAACUGGAGGCUGCAACAGUGCCCACCAGCCCGACAAGUCCACCGCCAGAAAGGCGGCCGAGACGGCGAUCAAGUGUCGAUCACGACGAUGUCUCACAGUCAGUCAGUGACACAAUUAAACGAUACUUAAGAAUGGCGCGAAAAAAGAGUGUAGACGCCGAAAAGACUGAUCGCUUUAAGCGUAUUAAUUACGACAAAAAUCUGCGGAAUAUUAAACCCCGUCAACCAGGAGACGUGGACGACGAUGGUCCUCACAAGGGCUGUCAAACAGACGAAGCAUGGAUAUUGACGUAUAGAGAUUUGCAAUUCGCGUCAGUGGCUUCGACGCCAACAUCGCCACCGUCACCAUCUCAGUCGCACUCGUUUUUGUCCACCUUAUUGGGUAGAAAUGCAACAACAGUGGCUCCCCCCACAGGUGGUAUGCAGAAGUCACGGUCUUCGAGCAGCGUGGUUCAGAGCGUCAGCAGGCGGCUGUGGCGCACCCGAAGCCGGUCUUCAAGUCGCGUCGCAGCCACCUGGACACCUCAGGGCAGUUGUUGCUGGGCAGACGGCAGUGGGCGGUGCGUGCGGCUGGCUGACACCUCGCUGUUGAACCUCACCGAGGUGGAGAGGAGGGCACUGCAGCAGGCGGCGCUGGCGAGAUUGCAGCAACUCAACCUUGGAACCACUAUCAAGAUACCUGAAGAUAAUACAACAGCAGUCGCGCCAAAGCCAAAGAGAAGAGCUUACUUGCUCAAAAGGAAAGCUCUCACCACUGGGUUCUUUGACCAAAGUCGUGCUAAAGACGCGGAUAAGGAGAAAGAGCCUGCGGGGAGCGUGUUUGGCGUGCCUCUAUCGCAAUGUGUGGAAACGGAGCGCGCGCUACGGAGGCAGCAUGGAGGCUCCAGAGCGUCCCUAGCGUCGCUGGGGGUUGAGAAGGGAGAUGAUAGUGAAUCCUGUGAUUCUGGAGAAUGGGGAUGGACGGGGAUAGAAGAAAGUGGCGGUGGGCCCAAAGUACCUGCGCUGGUGUCAGCUUGCUUAGCUCACCUGCGAAGACAUGGUCUUCGCACCCUUGGUCUCUUCCGAGUAUCUGCCUCUAAGAAGAGGGUUAGACAGCUACGUGAAGAGUGGGAGCGGGGUCAGGAGACAGCGCUUGACUCAGCGGUGUGUCCACACGACGUGGCUACUCUGCUUAAAGAAUUCCUUCGGGAUCUCCCCGAUCCUUUACUAUGCAGAGAUCUUUAUCCUGCAUUUUUACAGACACAAAAAAUCCGCAACCGUCGUCUCCAGUGGGAGGCUCUCAGGUUGAUAGUACAGUUAUUACCAGCGGCUCAUCGGGACACCCUCAACGCUCUGCUCUCCUUCCUGUCCCAACUUGCAGGACACGCGGAAGAUGACCAGCAGCCGGGGAACAAGAUGGACGCCGCCAAUCUCGCCACGAUAUUCGCUCCGAAUAUCUUGCAUAGGAAUAAACCCAAUGAAACUGCCAGCGCGGAGCAGCUGUCGGAGCGCGCGGACGUGAUUAACGUGGUGCGGCAGCUGGUGGAGCGGCAGGCGGAGCUGUGGACGCUGCCCGCCGAGCUGCUGCACGAGGCCUACAUCCACCUGGCGCACAGCGCGCCCGCCGUGCUGGACUCGCUGCUGCUGCGGAGGGUCGAGUCUGCACCAGAAUGCGUGACCUCUACGCCAGAAGGCACGAAGCGUUUGUGGUCGCGAGAAAGUUUCCUCCACGCCGCUGCCAAUACUGCAGCACCAGCUUCCAGAGGGGAGAGGGGUCGCCGCUCGAGAGCCGCGUCUGAUACAUCAUCCGCUUCUCUUGCUUCCCUCAUGCUUCUUACCAGAGUGCGCAGUAGUGAAGAUAGAGCGAGCAGUGGCAUCGUCAGCUCUCCGCCGAGAGACUCCGCGCCAGAUUCUAACGACUCAGCCAGUGACUAUAAUGAGACGGGCAACGUGUCGGAGGACGAGUGCGUGAUCACGGCGUCGCUGCACAUCCCGGCGGUGCGCGCGCGGCGGCGCUCGGCGUCGGGCUCGUCGUCGUCCGCCAAGCGCGACUCGGCGGUGGGCUCGUCCGCCUCGCCCGCCUCGCUCGCCUCGCCCUCGCCCGCCUCCAGCGCCUCGCCGCCCGCCUCGCCGCCGCCGCGCCCCGCGCGCCACGCCGACCUCGAGCGCCUCGUCGCCUUCGGCAGAGAGCGAAACACGUCAGAUGCCAGAGCGGUCGUUGUGAGACAACACGAUGAAACGACGGUUUCGAGGACUGCUCGCGUGUCUUCUAGACAAGAACAGGUCCUUAGAAGAGAAGAAGUAGUCAGAAGAGACGACUAUAACGUCAGAAGAGACGACCAUAACGCCAGAAGAGAAGACCAUGCCGUCAGAAGAGAUGACCACAAUGCCAGAAGAGAAGAACAUGUCAUCAGAAGAGAUGACCAUAAUUUAAGAAGAGAUGACCAAAAUGCGAGAAGAUCGACAGAAGACCAUGCCAUUAGAAAAGAUGAGAGGAAGGAAGGAAUAACACUAUACAAAAGAGGCGAACUCAUAUCGAGUGCCCGGUCGCCGCCCGCGUGACAAAUUGUAUACCUGCUUUUAUACAUAAACGUAUAUUUAUCAUGUCGUGUUUUAUUUAUAUAUUUAGUGAAAUAAAGUAUUUUUUACGACUA